GUAUCUUAUGUGUGCUUCAGGGGACUAUGUAAAGGUCUACAGCACCGCUACGGAAGAGUGUCUGCACGUCUUGCAAGGUCACAGCAACCUUGUGACCGGAGUCCAGCUGAAUCCCCAAAAUCAUCUCCAGCUCUACUCCUGGUCUUUAGACGGCACCAUUAAGCUUUGGGAUUUUCUGGAUGGAAUUCUUAUUAAGACAUUUGUGGUCGGGCACAAACUCUUUGCCUUCUACGCAGUUGCCAGUUUUGAGGGUUCGGCGUUUGUAAUUAUCGCAAAGGACAAUGACGAAAGACUGGGAUCGUUUCAGCUGGUUUCGGUGAAAUUGCCGAAGGCACCCGGUCAAGAAAUAAAUGCCAACGAGUGGGAAGUGAUUUUGGAGGGGGUCAGCCAGUCACCCAAGUGCACUGCCUUCGGAAGAGAAGGGGAAUACGUGGCAUCAGUCUGGGGCCUUCACCUGUUCGUUUAUUUUUUCAAGAGGAAAAGAAUCCAUAGCUUCCCUCUGAGUGCAAAAUGCAGCAAAGGAGCCAACAACUUCUUCACGUGCGUGGCCUGCCACCCGAAAGAAGACUGCAUAGCCAGCGGCCACAAAGAUGGCAAGAUUCGUCUGUGGAGAAACUUCCAUCACAAGAGAGAGUACACAUUCUCCACGCUGCACUGGCAUCAUGACGAAGUGAUGGAUCUUGCUUUCUCUGUAGAAGGAACCAGCCUUCUGAGUGGCGGGGUCGAAUCGGUACUGGUCCAGUGGCGAGAUGGAUCGGACUCUAAGAAGGAAUUCUUGCCUCGUUUGGGAUCCACGAUCCAGAAUAUUUCUGUCUCGCCCGACGGAACAGUCUUGUGUACCUCGCAUUCAGAUAACAAAAUAACCAUCAUACACAGCAGUUUGAGAGUCUCCGCAGUAAUCCAAGGCUUGAUCAAAGGCAGCGACGUCAAGACCGGCUUGAUGGUGGACCCCAGAACAAACGCUUUGGUUCUGAACGGCAAACCGGGUCACCUGCAGUUCUAUUCACUGCAAAAUGACAAGCAGUUAUACAAUCUGGACAUCGUGCAGCAGGAGUACAUCCACCAGCACGGUCUGAACCAGGUGGAGCUGGUGAAGGCAGCGUUCGACUCCAGCGGCAGCUGGCUGGCCACCGUGGAGCAGCGCGAAGAAAAGGGCGGCGAACCGGAAGCGCAGAUGAAGCUCUGGGCUUACGACGAGCAGAAGCAAAGCUUUGCGCUAAACACCCAAAUAAAUAUGCCGCAUGAGGAUCGCGUCACAGCUCUGUGCUUUCGUGGCAUGGAAGAGCCCGACAGUGCCACCCCAACCGUUGUAACAGCAGGCAAAGAUGGACGGUUUAAAGUCUGGAUGCUGCUGACUGAGACUGACGGGGGAAGCCGGAGCGGAAACUGGACCUGCGAUUUCGUAGGAAGCUAUCACAACUAUCAGGCAACAAACUGCUGUUUCUCCGAAGAUGGUUCUUUGCUUGCAGUUAGCUUCGAAGGAAUAGUCACUGUGUGGGACUCAGAAACGUGGGACCUGAAGUCUACUUUCUGCCACCCUCCGGGAACAAUACGAAACCUCUGCUUUGGGAGGCUAAGUUGUUCCAAAUACCUUCUCGGCACCACCAGUAAUGGAUUUUUGUGCUGCUGGAACCUACUGAGCUGCACAUUGGAAUGGAGCGCCCAGUUAAAUGUCCAGGUUCUACAGCCGGACUGCCUGUCCGAAAACAUUGCUGCAAUUUCAGGCAUCUCAGAAUACUCGGACUUGUUUGUGUUUAAACCCAGCGAGCCGCGACCUCUGUGUAUCCGGAAACAAGUCUGUAGAGAAAAGGUUCCGUGGAGCUGUCUUUGUUGCCGAGAGGCGUUGCCGAGUGUAUUACACUCCAGAAAAAAAUAUCAGUGGCUGAGCCUUUCUCAGUUCUACUUUCUGACUGAAACCCAUGAACUGAUGACCUUCAGCACAAAGACCCCGGAAGAGAGGCUGACCCCUUCCAGCAGACAGCUGACUGCGGAGGAGAGUCUACCUGUGACUCCAUUUUACCUGCUACUGGGGAAGCACCAGCAACAGACAAAAGAAGCUGCCGAAGGUGGGAGAGUCCCUGUCUUAAAGACCUUGGCGCAAGAUUCACCUGCGGUCAAAGAACUGCUUCACACUCCAGCCCACAUCUUGCCGUCCGCUUCUUUCCUGUGCCCUAUAUUUAUCAACUCGCUGCUGACACCAAAAGCGCAUAGCAGCAGUGCUGAUGAACUUCCGGGUGAAGUUGAAAUGGAAAGUGACAGUGGAGAGAAUGAAUCUGAAGAGGAGGGAGCAGUUAGUGACAUUCCCGGCCAGGCGCCAGGGGCAGUCGAGAGUCUGGGGGACGUCGCACCAAAGUUGACCAAAGCCCAGGAAAAAGAGCUACGUAAAUUAAGAAAACUGGACUACAGCUGGGUGUCAGCCCUCUAAGCAGACAUUGUUUCUGGGACAUUUAGAGUUUAUAUUGUUCACCAAGAAUUUAAUCAGAUUUCAUUUUUGCUAAUAAAACGAUGUCUUCAAGGA